CCGCCCGGUUUGGGAAGAUUCCCGGUAUUCUCGCCCGUCCCUUGGGGAGCAGCUGAGGACCGGAAGGUGCAUCCGAGGGCCGAAAAGCGCUCUGAGACUGAGCCGGAGUUCAAGGACCAAGGCUCCCCUCAAACCAUUUUACAGAUAGGAAAACUCGAGACCCAGAGAAGGGAACCACUCGACCAAGUCACCCCAAGCCAAGAACCGAAGGCGGAAACAGAGUCUUCUCCGCGAGGAUGGGACUGCACGCCCGCACAGUGCAUGCGGGAGCUGUGGCCGAAGCCCAACACUAACAGUGGCUGACCAGGGAUCGAGACUGCGUGGAGGGCUGGAUUCUUCCUUGCCUCGGUUUCCCGAGUACUACCUCUGGUGGGGGUCGGGAGACGAGGCAAGUGGCCAAAAGGGCGCCUGCCAGGACUGUCCCCGCGCCUCCUCAAGUCUGAUCGAAAUUCCUUUAGCAAGCUACCUCCCCGCCCCUUAAAAUACGGUCCUCCCGUUCGAGCCUCUCGGCGUUCUAUUGGAAAGACUCCAGGGUCCCAGUCCAUUCUCUAGAAUGAACUGCUCAGACUACCGCGGGAGCUUUCCUGGAACUGCUAACUGCGCAGGCGCAAAGGCCGCCCACCCGGAAGGCGGAAGAACCAGGUCCCGACGCCGUUGGGAGGGUCGGGGGCGGAGAGUGUGUUAACCAAUGACCUGAAGGAGCAGGGAGGGCGGGAUCGGGCCCGCAGUUGCUAAGCGCUACCCUGGAGGGAGGUGAUUUAGGCAAUGGGGUGAAGGGUGGUUCGAUGGCCCUUCACGUCAAUAUCCUUCUGGCCCUCGGAAGUUAAGCAACGAAGAGGCGGACCUACGACCGGAAGCAGGAAGGAGGGCGCAGGAAGCAGGGUGUUGCAGCUGGUCGUGCCGUCGGUCAGUGAGUCUAUCCGUCCCGAGGGCAGGAUGGAGAAACUGCGGCUUCUGAGCCUCCGCUACCAGGAGUACGUGACUCGUCACCCGGCCGCCACGGCCCAGCUGGAGACUGCAGUGCGGGGCCUCAGUUACCUGCUGGCAGGUCGCUUCUCCGAUUCUCACGAGCUGUCAGAGCUGGUGUAUUCUGCCUCUAACCUGCUCGUGCUGCUUAAUGAUGGGAUCCUGCGGAGAGCGCUCCGGAAAAAGUUGCCUGUGUCGCUGUCCCAGCAGAAGCUGCUGACAUGGCUGAGCGUGCUGGAGUGUGUGGAAGUGUUCAUGGAGAUGGGGGCCGCCAAGGUGUGGGGUGAAGUGGGCCGUUGGCUCGUCAUCGCCCUCAUCCAGCUGGCCAAGGCUGUCCUGCGGAUGUUCCUGCUGAUCUGGUUCAAGGCUGGCCUCCAGACCUCACCCCCCAUUGUUCCGCUGGACAGGGAGACCCAGGCACGGCCCCCUGAUGGUGACCAGAGCACUGGCAGCCAGGAGCAGUCGUACGUGGGGAAACGGUCAAACCGAGUGGUACGAACCCUCCAGAGCACCCCAUCCCUGCACUCGAGGCACUGGGGAGCCCCCCAGCAGCGGGAGGGACGGCAGCGACGGCAGCAACAGCAGCAGCGCGAGGAGCUGAGUGUCACCCCCACCCCUCUGGGCCUGCAGGAGACCAUCGCAGAGUCCUUGUACAUCGCCCGGCCGCUGCUGCACUUGCUCAGCCUGGGCCUGUGGGGUCAGCGGUCGUGGACACCCUGGCUCCUCUCUGGGGUCGUGGAUGUGACCAGCCUGAGCCUCCUGAGCGACAGGAAGGGCCUGAGUCGGAGGGAGCGGCUGGAGCUGCGGCGACGGACCAUCUUGCUGCUCUACUACCUGCUGCGCUCCCCGUUCUACGACCGCUUCUCCGAGGCGAGGAUUCUCUUCCUGCUCCGGCUGCUGGCAGACCACGUUCCGGGCGUUGGCCUGGUGGCAAGUAAGUGCGGGACAGGGUGCGAUGAUUACGGAGUGUCACGGGUCUGUCCAGUGGCCCGUGUUCUUGACUAUUGUCUCUUUAUCUCCUUGUCAUUUGAUUCUUGACACAGUCAGGAGAGGGAGCCCAGAGGUCAGGUUGGGCGGGUGACAGCUCCUAGGCAGGGUCAGGCUGGCCCAUAGAGCCUCAGGGGUGGCUGGAAGGGGGUGUCCUGUCCUGGGAGAAGUGUAGGGCCGCCCUGGGCUGUCAGCCUUAGCUGCCCCGGGACCCCGGAGCCGUAUACCGCUGGCUUCUCUGGGGCUUUCUGGCGCCCACCAGGCUGUUUGGAGCUCUCCCCUCAGCAUAGAGGCCAUCAGUGUCCACAGUGGGACCAGCCCUGUGGCUUCUUGAAGCCUGAGGGUCUUUUUGCAAAGGGGGCAAAGGUCACUGCUGCUGCUGCUCUCCUAGGGGCAGGCAGGUGGGAGAGUCUGUGGGGCUGGUGGCCCAGCAGAUGCGAGCAGCCGGGCUGGGGCCGCUGCAGCUGAGAAGGGCCUCAGGUAGAGCGGAGUCAGGUUGGGGCCAGGUUGGAGUCCGGCCCUCAGCUCCGAACUCCCUCUCGUUGCAGGGCCGCUCAUGGAUUACCUGCCUGCCUGGCAGAAAAUUUAUUUCUACAGUUGGGGCUGACCUAUCCCAGGAGUGGGUGCAGGGAGGGGCAGGGGUGCCCCAGCCGCUCGGUCACCCUAAUAAACCGACUCUGGCAGCGA